GGUCUUUAUACCCCUUCCCCUUUUUAAGCAUCAAGAAUAAGGAAGCUACACUUCACAAGGCCGAGAUGUUAGAUCUCAUUUUCAUGUAUGUGAUAUUUUUCACUAUCCUAGUCAUAACGAUAAGGGGAGCAGUUUAUAUAGUGAGUAUAGGCUUCCUGAGGUUGAUCAUUGGUGCGAUUAUCGUUAGCAUUCUACUUUCACUGACUCUUUCCAGCCUGGCCAACGUGAUUCUCGUUUCGACGAGUUGUUCAACGAAGCGAUACUCGCAGGGCGAUGGGGCUCGGGAUGAUUCCUUGCCAUAUCAUUUACUGGUGUUCCUGCAAUAUGCGUUGUUUGCAUUGGCGCAGCCCACCCUGAGCGGUAUUCUAAUGCUCGCAAUCAUUAUCUUUCUAGCCAUGGCCGCAUCGCAACUGACUUAUCUUAUUGAGGAGAUUCAGGUACUGACGGAUUGUCAUACGGCCUUCGCGGAUAGACCUCGCCAAGACCUCGCACAAUUAGUACGGAACACCAAGGUUAAGUAA